AAGCCAGUCACUCAGUCAGCGAGGUAGUCAUUUUGGGUGUUUUUGUCUUUUAUUUGCUGUUUCUAUUUAAUCUUAUUUUAUCAGUUAUUAUUUUUAUUUAUUGUUUAUUUAUUUAUUUUUUUUUACUUUCUUUUAACCUAAUGUAAUUUGACCAAACCUAACUUUAAUCUUACCUCACCUAACCUAACAUAGAAUCAUCACAGCCUUUACUAUCAACAACAACAACAACAAAUACUUGCCUAAUGUAACGUCACCUCACAAAACUUCACCUCACCUCACUAAACUUCCUCACCUCACUUCACCUCUUCUAACCAAACUUAACCUCACUUCACAUCACUCACCAUAUCAUCAGGGUUGUGUUGGCCAGCACGCCCAAUGGCCACAUAACACACAUGUUCCUGGACGAGUAUGGGCACAACAUGGAGUCUGAAGUGCUGGUGCCCCUGUCUGGCCUGGUGGGGCGGGACACACAGGUGGUGCUGGCCGGCGACCCUCACCAGCUGGGACCUGUCAUCAAGAACCCCCAGUGCUUGUCAUUCUACAGCCUUUUCAAGAACUGUGGCCUGGGCCACAUACUCUCCCUGUCUCCACCACCACCUGACCACCACUCUCUCUGCGUCUUCCAUGCUGCUCGCUGACAGCAUUCCAUCGUCUGCAAAGAAUAAGUGAGUCACAUUUAAAGUGUCAUCUUUGAAGCACAAAU